AUGAACCCAUAUAUCCUUUUUAUUCUAAUCUCCAGUUUAGGAUUAGGAACAACAAUUACAUUCAUAAGCUCACACUGGCUCCUAGCAUGAAUAGGUUUAGAAAUUAAUACACUAGCCAUUAUUCCACUUAUAGCCCAACACCAUCACCCUCGUUCUGUAGAAGCAUCCACAAAAUAUUUCCUUACCCAAGCUACAGCAGCGGCUAUAAUCCUAUUUGCCAGCUCAACAAACGCUUGACUUACUGGUCAAUGAGCAAUUAACCAACUAUCCCACCCCCUCCCUAUUAUACUAAUUACAAUAGCACUAGCACUAAAAAUUGGACUCGCUCCUUUACACACCUGACUUCCCGAGGUACUCCAGGGCCUGGAUUUAAAUACAGGACUAAUCCUCUCGACUUGACAAAAACUAGCCCCAUUCGCCCUAUUCACCCAGAUUCCUCAAUUUAACCCAACUAUCGUAUGCACAAUAGCUAUCCUUUCAACACUUGUUGGGGGUUGAGGUGGGUUAAACCAAACACAACUACGCAAAAUCCUGGCUUAUUCAUCAAUUGCUCAUCUCGGCUGAAUAGUAAUUAUCAUACAAUACUCACCAUCCCUUACACUCCUAACACUACUUAUCUAUAUCCUAAUAACAUUCUCAGCUUUCAACUUAUUUAAAAUAAACAAAUCAACAUCCCUUAACAUAUUAGCAAUCUCCUCAUAUAAAUCCCCUAUACUUACUGCAUUAACCCCCCUUAUUAUAUUAUCCCUAGCAGGGCUUCCCCCCCUCACAGGUUUUGGACCAAAAUGAUUAAUUCUUCAAGAACUGACAAAGCAAGACCUCACUUUUAUAGCAACCGUAACUGCCUUAUCAGCCCUUUUAAGCCUUUACUUCUACUUACGUCUAUCUUAUACCAUAACCCUACUAAUAUCUCCUAACAACACUCCCGGCACAGCCCCGUGGCGAUUAAACACAUCUUGUAUAACAUUCCCCCUCAGCGCCUCCUUAAGCACCUCUAUUUUACUCCUACCUAUUCUCCCUGCUCUUAUAGUAAUAGUAAAAU